AGCAGCCCUCUCCGUUUGGCUGAAUCAUUUCAUCCAUCGUACCCAGAAUGCAAAGUGAGACACCGAAACCUCAGCAGCAGCCUCAAGCUCUCCAGGUUAUCAUGGCGAUAAGAGGCACAUCUUCCCCUUGAGUCUCCUGGAGCAGCAACAAAGGAUUUCUCCCUCCGCUACAUGAACACUUACACACACACACACACACACACACACACACACCCUCCCAUGCAGCAGCGCCGAGACCUGCCGGAGUUUUAGCCCUCACUGGAGAAAGGACAUAGCGUGUGACCGUCAUGGCAGCGUCGGAGCUGUACACAAAGUGUGCUCGGGUGUGGAUCCCCGAUGCAGAGGAAGUGUGGAAGUCUGCUGAGCUGACCAAGGACUACAAAAAUGGGGACGCCUCCCUGCAGCUUAUGCUGGAGGAUGGAAAGAACAUUGAACACAAACUGGACCCCAAGACGAAGAACCUGCCUUACCUGCGAAACCCCGACAUCUUGGUGGGCGAGAAUGACCUCACAGCACUUAGCUACCUCCACGAGCCGGCCGUGCUGCACAACCUCAAAGUCCGCUUCAUCGACUCCAAGCUCAUCUACACUUACUGCGGAAUCGUUCUGGUGGCCAUCAACCCGUAUGAGACGCUGCCAAUCUACGGAACGGACAUCAUCAAUGCCUACAGCGGUCAGAACAUGGGAGACAUGGACCCACAUAUCUUCGCUGUGGCAGAGGAGGCUUAUAAACAGAUGGCUAGGGAUGAGAGGAACCAGUCGAUCAUUGUGAGCGGGGAGUCCGGAGCAGGAAAGACAGUAUCAGCCAAAUACGCCAUGAGAUACUUUGCUACGGUCAGCGGCUCCACCAGCGAGGCCAACGUCGAGCAGAAAGUCUUGGCUUCCAACCCCAUCAUGGAGGCCAUUGGAAAUGCAAAGACCACCCGAAACGACAACAGCAGUCGUUUUGGGAAAUACAUCGAGAUCGGCUUCGACAACCGCUACCGAAUCAUCGGCGCCAACAUGAGAACUUAUCUGCUGGAGAAAUCACGAGUGGUGUUUCAGGCUGACGAGGAAAGGAAUUAUCAUAUCUUCUAUCAGCUCUGCGCAUCAUCCCAUCUGCCUGAGUUCAAGACUCUAAAGCUGAGCAGUGCAAAUGACUUCUUGUACACCAAGCAGGGCCGCAGCCCAGUUAUCGAUGGUGUGGACGACACCAAGGAGCUGUCCACCACUCGCAAUGCCUUCACAUUGCUCGGUAUUAAUGAGUCCUAUCAGAUGGGGUUGUUCCAGGUUUUGGCUGCUAUUCUUCAUCUGGGAAACGUGGAGAUAAAGGACAGAGAUGCAGACAGCAGUGCCAUUCCUCCCAACAAUCGCCACCUAACAGCAUUCUGCGAGUUGGUAGGCGUGACCUACCAGGACAUGGCUCAGUGGCUGUGCCACAGGAAGCUGAAGACGGCCACAGAGACGUACAUCAAGACCCUCCCCCGCCUGCAGGCCACCAACGCCCGUGAUGCUCUGUCCAAACAUAUUUACGCUAAGCUCUUCAACUGGAUUGUGGAGCACGUUAACAAAGCACUAAUCACCAUUAUCAAACAGCACUCCUUCAUUGGGGUCCUCGACAUAUACGGGUUUGAGACAUUUGAGAUCAACAGCUUUGAGCAGUUCUGUAUCAACUAUGCUAAUGAGAAACUCCAGCAACAGUUCAACAUGCAUGUGUUCAAGCUGGAACAGGAGGAGUACAUGAGGGAGCAGAUCCCCUGGACUCUCAUUGACUUCUAUGACAAUCAGCCGUGCAUCAACCUCAUAGAAGCCAAGAUGGGCAUCCUGGACCUGUUGGAUGAGGAGUGCAAGAUGCCAAAAGGUUCGGAUGAUUCGUGGGCUCAGAAACUCUACAACACCCAUCUAAAGACCUGCUCCCUGUUUGAGAAGCCCCGCAUGUCCAACCGCGCCUUCAUCAUCCAACAUUUUGCUGACAAGGUGGAGUACCAGUGUGAUGGUUUCCUGGAGAAGAACAAGGACACAGUGAACGAGGAACAGAUCCAUGUGCUUAAGGCCAGCAAGAAGUUUGACCUGCUGGUGGAGCUGUUCCAGGAUGAGGAGAAAGCCACCAGCCCCACUGGUCAGGUCCCCGGCACUGGAGGCCGGACCCGCCUCAGCAUCAAACCUGACAAGGGUCGAGAUAAGAGCAGCAAGGAGCACAAGAAGACUGUCGGCUGCCAGUUUCGUAACUCUCUGCAAAUGCUGAUGGAGACUUUGAACGCAACCACUCCACACUACGUUCGUUGCAUCAAACCCAAUGACUUCAAGUUGGCCUUCUCAUUUGAUCCUAAACGUGCAGUGCAGCAGCUCAGAGCCUGCGGUGUCCUGGAAACCAUCCGCAUCUCUGCUGCUGGAUUCCCGUCCAGAUGGACGUACCAGGAGUUCUUCAGCCGUUACAGAGUGCUGAUGAAGCAGAAAGACGUGUUACCUGACAAGAAGCUGACUUGCAGAAAUGUUCUGGAGAUGCUGGUGCAGGACCACGAUAAAUACCAGUUUGGUAAGACCAAGAUCUUCUUCAGGGCUGGCCAGGUCGCGUACCUGGAGAAGUUGAGAGCAGAGAAGUUGCGAGCUGCCUGCAUUCGCAUCCAGAAAACCAUCCGCUGCUGGCUAGCACGCAAGAAGUAUCUGCGCAAGCGCAGCGCUGCCAUCACCAUCCAGAGGUUCACCAGAGGAUACCAGGCUCGCUGCUUGGCCAAGUUCAUGCGUCGCACGCAGGCGGCCACCAUCAUCCAGAAGUACCAGAGGAUGUACGUGGAGAGGAAACGCUACAGGCAGAAGCAGGCUGCUGCCCUGGUCAUGCAGACGAUCCUCAGAGCUUACAUGGCCCGGCAGAAGUACCAGGCGUUACUGCGGGAGCACAAGGUGGUGAUCAUUCAGAAGCGCGUUCGUGGCUGGUUGGCUCGGUGCUGGUACAAGCGCUGCCUCGUCUCCAUCGUCUACCUGCAGUGCUGCAUCCGCAGGAUGAGGGCCAGACGCGAGCUGAAGAAGCUGAAGAUCGAGGCUCGCUCAGUGGAGCACUUCAAGAAGCUCAACAAAGGCAUGGAGAACAAGAUCAUGCAGCUGCAGAGGAAAAUCGACGAGCAGACCAAGGACAACAGGUCAAUGCACGAGAAGCUAAACGGUCUGGAGACUUCAUACACAGCAGAGAACGAGCGGAUGCGUGGCGAGCUGAAUCGGCUGCGUGGGGUGGAGGAGGAUGCCAAGAACAAAGGCAGCCAGGUGACAUCGCUGCUGGAGGAGCUGGAGAAGCUGAGGAAGGAGCUGAGCUCCACACAGAAGGAGAAGAAGACCAUCGAAGACUGGGCGCAAACCUACAGGGACGAAAUGGAGAAAAUGGUCUCGGAGCUGAAGGAUCAGAAUGGCUCGCUGAAGAAGGAGAAGGACGACUUGAACAGGUUGAUUCAGGAACAGAGUCAGCAGAUGACAGAGAAAAUGGCCCGUGCUAUAGCAGAGGAGACUCAGCAGCUAGAAACAGAUCUGAACGAGGAGCGAUCUCGCUACCAGAAUCUCCUGACAGAACACCUUCGCCUCGAGGAGAAAUACGACGACCUCAAAGAAGAGAUGGUUUCCUCGAACGUCUCCAAGCCUGGCCACAGGAGAACAGAUUCCACCCACAGCAGCAACGAAUCAGAGUACACCUGCAACUCAGAGUACGCCGAAUUGGAAGAAGGUUCCCGUGCCGCAGAAGAUGUCACACGAGGAAUCGACACCUCGUUGACCCUCAAGCUGCAGAAACGUCUCACAGAACUGGAGCAAGAAAAGCAGUCGCUGCGCAACGAGCUGGAAAACAAAGAGGACCAGUUCCAGCGGGCUAGAGCCAGGGAUGACGCAGAGUUUAAAAAGGCUCGUGGGGCAGAGCUGGAGUAUGAGUCCCUGAAACGUCAGGAGCUGGAGUCAGAAAACAAGAAGCUGAAACAUAACCUGGCGGAGAUUAGGCAAAGCCUGCUGGGUAACGCAGCUACAAACGCCGGGGCCCCUGGCUCCCCUGCUUACAAGGUGCUCUUGGAGCAGCUCAACUCCUCCUGCGAAGAGCUGGAGGUCCGCAAGGAGGAGGUGCUGAUCCUGCGCUCCCAGCUGGUCAGUCAGAAGGAAGCCAUGCACCACAAGGAUGAGAAGGAGACCAUGACUGAGCCUUCUGUCUUCGCUGAGGACGUGUCCAAACUGAAGGACGCUGAUGAACUCAAACAAGCUUACAUAGGCCUCAAAGACACCAACAGGUUACUGGAGCACCAGCUGCAGACUCAGAGGAGAAGUUACGAUAACGAGGUGGAGUCGUUGCGUGGCGAGCUGCAAAAUGUCAAGGAGGAGAAUAACCGUCAGCAGCAGCUUUUGGCCCAAAACCUCCAGCUGCCCCCAGAGGCCCGAAUCGAAGCCAGUCUGCAACACGAGAUUACCCGACUCACCAACGAGAACCUGGAGCUCCUGGCUGAAGACCCCACGGCAUCACGAGAGACUCGAGUCAUCAUUUUACGACGGAUGGUUGAUCUAAUGGAGCAGCUGGAGAAGCAGGACCGAACUAUCCGCAAGCUCAAGAAGCAGCUGAAGGUUUACUCCAAGAGGAUCGGAGAGAUGGGAGCGGGUCAAACGGAGGGACAGACGUCUCCAGGACAGAUGGUGGACGAGCCGAUACACCCUGUCAACAUUCCCCGCAGGGAGAAAGAUUUCCAAGGGAUGCUGGAGUAUAAGAAGGAGGAUGAGCUCAAACUGGUCAAGAACCUGAUCCUUGAGCUGAAGCCUCGCGGUGUAGCUGUGAAUCUGAUCCCAGGUCUGCCAGCCUACAUCCUGUUUAUGUGUCUAAGACAUGCAGACUACGUCAACGAUGACCAGAAGGUCCGCACCCUGCUCACGUCAACCAUCAACAGUAUUAAGAAGAUCCUAAAGAAACGAGGAGACGACUUUGAGACGGUCUCCUUCUGGCUGGCUAACACCUGUCGCUUCUUACACUGUCUGAAACAAUACAGCGGAGACGAGGCCUUCAUGAAGCACAACACGUCGAGGCAGAAUGAACACUGUCUGUCCAACUUCGACCUGGCAGAGUACAGGCAGGUGAUCAGUGACCUGGCCAUCCAGAUCUACCAGCAGCUGAUCAAAUGCAUGGAGAACAUCCUCCAGCCCAUGAUAGUCUCUGGCAUGCUGGAACACGAGACCAUCCAGGGCGUGUCGGGGGUGAAGCCCACAGGUCUCCGUAAGCGGACGUCCAGUAUCGCUGACGAGGGCACCUACACCCUGGACUCCAUCCUGCGGCAGCUCAGCGCCUUCCACUCCACCAUGUGCCAGCACGGCACCGAUCCCGAGCUCAUCAAGCAGGUGGUGAAGCAGCAGUUCUACAUCAUCGGAGCCGUCACCCUCAACAACCUGCUGCUACGCAAGGACAUGUGCUCCUGGAGCAAAGGCAUGCAGAUCAGGUACAAUGUGAGCCAGCUGGAGGAGUGGCUCAGAGACAAAGGUCUGAUGAUAUGUGGAGCCAAGGAAACUCUGGAGCCUCUGAUCCAGGCCGCUCAGCUGCUGCAGGUGAAGAAAAAGACUGACGAGGACGCUGAGGCCAUCUGCUCCAUGUGCCAGGCCCUCACCACUGCUCAGAUUGUGAAGGUCCUGAACCUCUACACUCCAGUCAACGAGUUUGAGGAGAGAGUGUCGGUUGCAUUCAUACGAACCAUACAGACUCGUUUGCGAGACCGGUGUGAGAGUCCCCAGUUACUGAUGGACACGAAGAUGAUUUACCCGGUUACCUUCCCAUUCAACCCUUCCUCCCUCGCCCUGGAAACCAUCCAGAUCCCAGGCUCGCUCAACCUUGCUUUCCUUACCCGUGUCUAAACUGAGGCCCCCCACAGGACAGCUCUGAGCCCUGCUGCAAUUCUGACAUAGUGGCCACAGUUGGAAUUGCAAGUCACAUGACACUCACUGGCCCAAAAAGACUUUUAGCCAUAUACAACCAUCACAAGAGAAAUAAAAAUAUUUAGAGCGUCACAAACACUCCAAAAUUAGGAUUUGUAUUCACACAAUUUGAGCAAUUAUGUCUAAAAAAUUGUCUGAGAAGGCGCAAAGAGCUUCAAAACAUGGUUUCCAGUUCUCUUAAAUGCAAAAUUGAACACACAAAUCCCACCACAUGCUGAACUUUCAACAUGCAUCUGUACAAUACUUACAUCCUCUGAACACACACAUGCACGCCUACACUCACGUGCACUUUCUCUCUUACAAAAUGCACAAUAAUACACGACACAUACAGUCGCCGCCGCUGGUUUAAAUCUGGCUGUAAAGCGCCCUCGUCCAUCCACUGCUUGUAUAAACGCCUGCCUCUUAGAGAAGCCACAGGACCAGAUCAACGCCUCCAAUCUCCUUCGAUACCGGGGUCUGUCUUAGUGGUCUUGACCCUGUUUACCCCGGCCCCCUCCUCUGUGUCCCAACUAGCUGUUAAGAUAGUUCUUGUCAUCGUCUCGUUCUCCGGUGAGAAUGUAUGUACCUAUACACGGGAGCGGGCCCAAAAGGAGGUGUCGAGGCCUCAUACAGAGGAACAACUCGAUAAGUCGUAGUCUUGGUAUGUUAGGUCUCUGAGUCCCAGUACGAAGCCAGCUGAGUGAUACCGCGCUAACGUUAGCUCUCUCCACCUGGACCAGGCUUUGUUCUGUAUGUCGUCAUUUUACUCUCUGAACACAGUCAAGCCAAGACAGAAAUCAUUGUCUGUACUAUAUUAUUUAUACAUAUAUAAAUAUGAAUAAUAUAUAUCAUGUAUUUUAUUUAUUGCAUUCACCUCCGUCCCCACCUUCCCUUUUUAGAGUAGAAGCUUUCUCCCUGCAGAAAAAUGUGUCUGACAUAUGAAGGAUGGGACCAUCAUUUCCCAGGAUAAACAGCUUUGUAAGGAGUCUUAGGCUAUUUAUGUCGAUAUCAGGUAAAUGAUGUAGUCUAGUUAAAGGAGAGCUGGCGCAGAUGAUUAUUUGUUAGGUCACGUCUUAACUUAACGAGCUUUAUUGUGUUUAUCCUGCAUUUCUGGCAGAUGAAGUGUAGCACGGGUUUAACUGAGGAGAGAUUUAGAAGGUGUGAGGUUUAAGCUCUGUCAAGGGUUUGACCUGCUGCGAUCUAUAUUGUUUACAGCUGUGACCAGAGCUGAGCGUCACAACAAACACUGGCAUAAAGAUUUAAUCACACACACAACAUAACUCUCUGCUUACUGCUGUAUCAUCAGGAGUUUAUACUCCUUGGCAGUUUCCUCUCUCGGCUCGUCUUCUCUGGUCACAGCUCUAGUCAGAGCUUUGAAACUGUUUUACUAUGAUCAAUGUGGAACUAUUUAUUUCAGUAUUGUUUAUUUUCUAAAGUAUCAAGGUGAUGUAUAUCGUGAAGCCAUGAACCACUGAGCAGAAUGGAUAGAAAAAGUUACUCUGAAGUUGGUUUUGGGAGAGUUUGUGUCAAAUCUGUCCAGCUUUACAACAGUGCUUUCUGCUUUAAUCCCACACUAAGGCACUGUGUCCACAGAAGUGUUUUUUCCUGAGACCAAUGUAUAUUUGAAAUUCUUACAAUGGGAGUGCCGUGUAUUGAUGCUAGGCUACAAACACCAGAAAUGUGACAAAGCGUUGAGCAUCUAUUCUGCACUAAGAGCUGCAUGUUUAGUUUAUUUCUGAGUGCUGAAAGUUGGAAAAUGUUUAACUUUGGAUAAAAUGCUGCGCUCAUUACUGUCACUUUUUACCCACAGUUGCAGAGGGACAAAUACCACAAAGACCAUCGGUCACAUCUUACAUGUGCAAGUGCCGAACAACAACAAUGGAGGAGAAAUAUAUAUGUUUCAGCCCUCCCUUUAUACAGAGUGAAUACUCUACCUUGCACUGGCGUUUCUACUUCCGCACAUAUUCAGAAUCUUAGCAACCACAUAGAACCAAAGUGUCUCAGCCAAAAAAUGCUGUGCCUCCAAAGCACUCUCAAGCGCUCCCAGCAUUUCCUUAGUAGCACCUGACAUUUUCAGCUUGAGGGGGAAAAACACUUUGGUGGAGACAGGGCCUAACUGCAGCUUUGGGGAUGAUUCCUCUCCCACAUGUCCACCCUAUGCCUUCCUGUUUAGUGGCCAAGAAAGCACAACAUGGGCCUUUAUUACCAAAAACAACAGAAUAUGUGGAGCUGUUAGUGAUUGUUUCCACAUCUCACUUGCACCACAGGUUUAACUUUACGGCUACUGACAUGAAAGAUAUUUUUGUCUUUUCUGUUUGGUGCACGGCUAGUUUUGGAUCAGACAUGCGGACAUAUUUGGUACUUGCUUUCAAAGGCUGAGGGUGAUUCUGCAGCACACCUGUUAUUCAGUCAGUCUGGCUACAGUGUGGUAUGAUAACUGUACAGCAUGCUCCGCUGCUGCUGCUGCUGCUGUUGCUGUUGCUGAUGCUGAUGCUGAUGCCCUCAUCUAACCUGCAUGGGCUUGGCUUUACCAGCAUUACCAGUAACCAGAAAUGAACCAGCAUGCUAUUUUUGUUUGUACCAAGAAACCUAGGUGUAGCCAAGAGUCGUGGGACAAGCGUCAGGGAAUCUGCCCGUGUUGUUUCAAGAUGUCUGUGUUAACGUCGUCCUCGCUGCCUCAUGUUUAGCACUUUUGCCCGUUUACUUUUGUGCCAUUAGUAUUAUCGGUCAACCAGAUUUGCCUCUGACCCUCAUGUGAACCUUAUUUUUGCCGAACAACCUUACCCUUUCACAAAGAUAUUUCACUUUCACAGCGUUUUUUUAAGGUGCUUAUUUAAAUAGGAGAUUAUGAAUGGUCACCAAGACUGGAUUCAGUACCCUUUUUUUAUUUAAUGUUUUGUUUCGUCCAAAACCAACCAACCCAGGAAGCAUAGAUCAGAGUGUUUUUGCAGUACUGAGAGUCGGGGAAAUGAUGUCAGAGGCUCCAGUAAAGAUGCAGUAUGUGAAAUCAAAAUGUUUUUAUCUCAUGAAAUGCCAUAUGAAGCAGGCCGCUCUCACUCUGACAGAAACAAGCGACAGACAAAAGCAAAUUGUAAAUGGAGUAAAGAGAAGUUAAUAUGUGAAGUUGUUUUGUGUUGCACCUGUGUUUGAGAAUAAUUCUGUAUCCAUAAGCUCUCAUCGGGACCACACGUUAAUCAACCUGCCUUUUGUUAUAUCGUUUGGAUUCAUAGGUAGUUUAUGGUUUAUGUAAAGAGUACAUAUCUGUGACGGCGAGAAGGACGGUAAAUGAAGGAAUAUAAUUAACCAUAUGAAUGUUUCAAAUUGUUAAUGAAGUGUAUCAUGAUCUAGCUGCACAUUGUUGGACAAAGCCUUAUCUGAAUCAUCUGAAUGACUGAAACACAUGAUCGACAUUGUGGCAUUGUUUUGUUCUGUCAGCGUAGUAUUUUUUUUUUCCCACUGUAAAAUGAAUAUAAAUUGUUAAAUGUAAUUAUUUUUAAUUUGGUAAGGUGUCCUUUUGUCUUGCAGUUGGUGUCACAGAUGGGUUGCACUGUUAGCCAUCAGUCCAAAUGCACUUUUUAGACAUUUCUGAGGAAGUCAGAUGAAAGAUAGAUGGAUGAGAAACACUUCUUCCCUUUAGCUUCUGCCCCCUUUUUACUGAACUGCAGCCCAUCAAACUUCCUCCACCACAUUCCCUGUGUGUGUGGGGCGCCUCACUCAGUGAUUUUUCUCGCUGUUUUAUUAAAACUAUCAAUUAAUGCAAGACACAAAUAAGAAGACCGAUAACUUUCAUGGAUUCAGCAGCAGCAGCCUUCUCACACUGAUGGAUGGAGAGUGUGAAGGCUGGCCUAGUUUUAAAGGAGAAAACGUUCAUUAAUGGUUGGUAUUGUUGAGCAGAGCCGCUGCGUCUUGUUCCCCUGGGCUUCUCUUGGGCUCUCACACAGGAGAAAGUGUCAUUCCUUCACUCUGCGUUUUUACAUUAAGGAGAGAGUUGGUUGUAUGAUACGACGUAGACAUUAUAAAUGACCAUUGUUCUUAUCAGCACUAGCGUUGAUUGUGCCAUUUAAAGAAAUUGUUCAAAACAGAAGAUAUAUCAUCACCCUCAGCUGUUGUGGUACUGGUGUGAACAUGCUGACGCCAGUACCAAAUGUUUCCUCUCUGACCCAUGUGUACAUUUGACAAACUGGACUGUUUGUAGUUUCUGGUAGCUGUGCUUAGUGAAUGUGUUCACCGUUAAGAAACUAAGAAACUUGGAAUAAAUUGUCAAAUCUGUAAAAGUAAAAUAAAAGAAUUCAGCACUGUU